GCGCGCGUUUCUCUCCGGGUGUCGGUGUCAGUCGGCUCAAGGUCCUGUGCGCGUUUUCCGCAAUGGUGCACUCCACUUUUGCGCAAGGUCAUGUCAUGGGAGGUCGCGACGCGUCGCCCCUCGGCAUUCCGAAGUCGCCGUCGUUCCACAGCGGGCUAGAUCUGGUGGCGUCCGCGAGCGUCGACUCGCUGGCUUCGCAGCUACAAUCGCCAGCGGCCAAGAAGUGCGAGUACAUCGAACAACUUCACGCGCAAGGCGACUUUGCCUUCGAUGAACCGGGCCAGUUUCGUGUCAAGCGGCGAGGGUGCAUGACGAGCGCGGACAAUGGCGACGCGGGCACGAUGCCGCCGGCGUCGACAUCGCCACCGAACAAUCGCAACGGACGCGAGAAAAUCGAUGACUCUGACGUGCGAUUUGCAGAAGCAUCGAGCCUCUUCCAGGGUUCAAUGCGCCGCUUCGAUGUGCACAUGCAGGGGCGAUUGCCUCUUCUAGCAGAAUGUUCCCCCACGGAAAGAGAAGAACUCUUCAUAAAAAAGUUGCGCCAAUGUUGCGUGUUGUUUGAUUUUGCUUCGGAUCCACUGUCGGAUUUAAAAUGGAAGGAAAUCAAGCGCACCGCUCUGCAGGAGAUGGUCGAAUUCGUGAUGAUGCAGAAAGGUGUCAUCACGGAAUCGAUUUAUCCGGAAGCUGUAAAUAUGUUUGCAACAAAUUUAUUCCGUACACUCCCGCCUUCAUCAAAUCCGAACGGUGCCGAAUUCGACCCCGAAGAAGAUGAACCCACGUUGGAAGCAGCGUGGCCGCACUUACAGUUGGUGUAUGAUCUGUUUUUGAAAGUACUUGAAGCGCCAGAUUUUCAACCCAAUAUUGCAAAGCGUUAUAUUGAUCAGAAGUUUGUCCUGAACUUAUUAGACCUCUUUGAUUCUGAGGAUCCCCGUGAGCGCGAUUUACUGAAAACAACAUUGCAUCGCAUCUAUGGCAAGUUCCUUGGGUUGCGUGCGUUUAUUCGUAAACAAAUCAACAAUGUUUUCUAUCGGUUUAUCUACGAGACGGAGCAUCAUAAUGGAAUUGCCGAACUGCUUGAAAUCCUUGGCUCGAUUAUCAAUGGGUUCGCCUUACCGCUUAAAGAAGAGCAUAAAGUAUUUUUGCUACGAGUAUUGAUGCCUUUGCACAAGGUGAAGUCGCUGUCGGUGUAUCAUCCGCAGCUCGCCUACUGUGUGGUGCAGUUCCUUGAAAAGGAUCCCAGUCUCACGCAGCCGGUGAUUAAGAGUCUGCUCAAAUAUUGGCCGAAGACGCACAGUCCCAAGGAAGUGAUGUUCCUCAACGAGUUGGAAGAAAUCCUUGAUGUUAUCGAACCCGCCGAAUUUCAAAAGGUGAUGAAUCCGUUGUUUAAGCAACUAGCCAAGUGCGUUUGCUCGCCGCACUUUCAGGUCGCCGAGCGUGCGCUUUACUACUGGAACAACGAGUACGUGAUGUCGCUCGUCGCAGAGAACGCAGGUGAAAUCAUUCCGCUCAUGUUUCCCAGCCUGUACAAGAAUUCAAAGAGCCAUUGGAACAAAACGAUACACGGCCUCAUUUACAAUGCGCUCAAACUGUUUAUGGAGAUGAAUCAAAAGUUAUUCGAUGAGUGUACGCAACAAUACAGGCAAGACCGACAGAAAGAGCGCGAGCGUCAACACAAGCGAGAAGAACUUUGGACCAAGGUGGAGACUCUAGCACAAAAGAGUCCGGCCUUUGAGUCGAUGGCGAAUCCAAAGCAUAGCAUAGAGGAUUACAAUAAUAUCGCCAAUAGUCCCGAGGACGACGGCGAUGUGAGCAUUGAAAGUUUCGAGCAUGAAGCCCAUGAGGCAAGGAAAGUACGUAACACGAACAAACCGCUAGUGAGGCGCAAGAGUGAAUUACCGCAAGAUCAAUACACGGUGAAGGCGCUCAACGAACACAAACGGGCCGACGAAUAUUUACCCACACCACCAGACGUAAACAAGUGCUAGUCCAGAACAAAUAGUUGCUCCGAUCUUAUGUUCAGGCUGCGAGCGAAUUGGUUGAUCAAUGUCUAUCUCUUACAUUCGACGCUCGUUUGCGUUGGCGCAGGAAGCGAAAAUUAAGCUAGUAUCGAUGAACAUCUUGCAGGAAGUGCUCGGAACUCGGACGCGAUUUACGAAUUAUUUUUAUUUAGUUAGUUUUUAACUCAACUGUCUAGUUUUAGUGAAAUAACAUCGGUGACGAACGAAAUGAGAUAUUUCUCGGGGCGGACGUAAUCAAAGCGGCGGUACCAAGAUUGCUUGCGAGAUUCUUUUUUAUAGCACGUUAAGCGAUAUCAACAAACCACACCAGUCACACACCGAGAUUAUAAUGCAGAAUACGAUUGCAAGGCCAGCGGCGGGGAACCGAUUCAAUUUUACUGCGUGCGUUAGAUGGUUAUAAUACUUUUUAUGUUUUUACUAGUACACCUUAGUGAUCACAUCACUUCUACUUAGUACUCAUUCGCUUACUUUAAAUACUUUAUAUGUUAUGGUCGAAAUAUUAUUUUAUCACUUUUUAUACGUACGUAUUAUUAUAGACACCACUUGCUUCACAAACACAAUGAGGGACAGAAUUCAACAUAUUAUUGCAAUGAACAAUGUAGACGCAGCGGCGACGAUGGACCGUGGAAUCGAAGAUGAAAAACACGUGUAUUGUUAUUUAUUGCAUAUUUAUUAUUGUAAUGUUUAGUUGAACUAUGAUAUAGUCGUGAGAGCGAAAAUAUAUGCAUGCACACAAGGUUCCGCAAUUUAUACGAAUGUUACGCAUGUGAUGAACAUAUUGUAAUAUCAAUUUAAGAACUGUUGACACGUCUAUCGGGAACAGAUUUAAAGAAAGAAAUUAUCGAUAAUUUUUGAUACGACUUUCUGCGCAUUACUACGACGUCCUUGUAUACAAUUUUGGGAUGGUGAUUUUAUACACAUAUGCAAACAAUUUUAUUGACAUCAUAUGUACAACUGAUUGCAGAUUUGAGACUUUGAUUAAUAGGCCAUAUCAUUAGUGGUUGUGCUUAAAAAAGGUGCCGAUUGCAAAGGAAAAACAUUAAAUUUUUUUUCAUUAUUGAUUAAUAUGAUUGACAUGUUCGAAUUCUUAUUAUAUUCAGUUUGUUAUUUGUUGCUAAAAGCUGCUCCGCUAUUGAUAAAAUUAAUCUAAAGUGGUACCUUUUCUUGGUACAACCAUUACAUUUUCCACGAUUUGUCAAAAUCUCAAAUAAUGAAUAAAAUAGCGUAUUUAACUUAUUUAAGUCACUUUGCAUUACGUGAUCUGUUCGAGAUAUAUCUAUAUAUGUUUUUAAUGAUAUAUAUAUUGCAAUUAUUUCUGAGCGCAUUCGUUGAAAAGGAACAUUUACAAAGAUAUUUGAACAUGUACCUUUAAAAUAAGCAACGGUGGUUCUAUCCAUUAACGAGCGGCCGAUUAAAUCAGCAUGGGUUGUCGCAAGAAUGCGAAUCGACAUUGUCGAAUUGUUAUUGUGAAUAGCCUCUGCUUUUGAAUGUAAAAUUGAAACAAUAUACUGGUAAUAAAAUGGAGAUAAGCGCAAAGAUAACGUUGAAGCAUAGUUAACAAGCGCAAAAUAUAACAAAUAAACAAUAAUCUAAGAACUAAGAAAAAUGGUAACGCUGGAGAUUGAAAUUACUUCAUUGCAUAUGUUAUACCCACCAAACAUUUGAGUAAAUUAUAAGCUGCUAGGGAUAUUAUGUGUUAUAUUAUAAAUGAACUAAGAGAUAAGCCGAAGAUGGGCAGUUGUAUAUAUCGAUACAAAUUAUAAAAGAAGAACAUAAAUAUGCAAGUUGAUAUUAUUAGACAGUAUUUUUUUAAUGUACAGCUUUGCUUUGUGGGUGAGUUGCGAGCGGAAAGGAAACCAAUACGUUACAUAUUGCAUUAUUCAAAUCGAAUCAUCUAAUGGCAAGCUCAUUGAGGGACUUGAGCCAGAAAGCAAACAUUAGUAUCUUUUUGAACAAAGAAUAAAUAAAUUGCAAUGGUUUUCACUGCUUUUUCAAGAUC